AUGGUGUGGACGCUGGUUGGAUGAAGAAAAGGGCUUUUGACAACUCUGAUGCCAUGGAGUUGGUGGCUGUCAGCGGCGUUGCGUUGUCACCAGUUCCCGAGAAGGCAUCGGCAGAAUCGUCGAGGCGAGGCGAUCACGGUAGUAUGAAGGGCCCAGCUUUAUCACAGGAACCCGGGAAGGUUGUGCAUGAUUCCGAACAACCGACGGAAGCCAUGCCGGCCAAGCUACAGGAAUUCUCAUUCGAAGAGGCGGAGAAAUCGCGACCACCGGUAACCUCCCUGGCCAAUCAGCGGUCCGGUUACAUGCCCGCUUCUAGAAUGUACUGGCGACUCCCCUCAUACAGGCAAGCUCCGGGCAAGGAUGAGAACAAGCUGACAUCAGCGAGCUCAUCUAGCAGCAUUCUAUCGUGGCUUUCCGAACUGGAAACUGCGGUGGGGAUGGCUACGUCGACAACAUCCGUCAGCCACGGCGAGCAGGGUGGUAUGUUCCCGCCUGGCAAAACCUUAGGUCUACAACUCCCUCAUAUCCAGGAUCUUGGAAACUCCUGCGAACAACAUGGAACGGUUGGCAACAACCCAGGGAAAUGGGCUACAGUUGCAAACUCGCAAAGAGAAGACCGAGAUCACCACAAGGACUCUUCCUUUAUAACACAUGACAACAGCUACUUGUCCAACACCACGCCGCCGCUCACGCACCCAGCCUUUCAGGGGAAACGUGGCUUCGACCCCUGGAAGAGAAGGAUCGAGUUUAACAGAGCUCACUAUCCCGUCAGUGUGCGGCAAACCAAGUCAGACCUGCGACAGACGGUCCCACAGAUGCAGAAACAAGCGACCACAGGGAAACUGUCCAAGGUGACGUCCGCACCUAUGGUCAUCAAACAGAUGGAACCGCUACCGAGGGACUCAACCGAAAACCUGCCCGUCCCCAACAUCAUUGAGCGUGAUGAGCUCGAGUUCCUAACCCCGGUGGAGACCGCAGAGAGAGAGGAUCGCCAGCGGUACAGGUCCGGCCGCCAAGCCGGGAACACCUCGCCGUGGAUGUGCGAGGACUGCUGUGAGAGGGAGAGAAAGGCGAGGAAGGCCAGCGGGUGUCAGAGUAAACAGCGCGGCGGCAGGUCGUCUCUCCACACGGCCAAGAUCUGGAUCGGCAGGAAGAUGCUGCCUUCAUCAGUUCCACGGUGCACAGUCAUGAAUGUCGUCCCGUUCGAAAACCGAUUACUGAAGAAGUAGUCGGUUUUCACCACAAGGAAUCGAAAGUCAUCACACGUAUAUAUGAAAAGAACCAAAGGUUGAAUAUCGACUUCAUCACAUUUCUAAGUAGGUGAUGAAAUACACGAUGAAAUAAAACAAAAACACAGUAAGUUGCAAUAUGCUCAGUGAGUGAAUCAUUGGAUAGGAAAGAAAAAGGCGAAAAGAUGCCAUGUCUCACAGAUUUUGACAUGUGUUCUCAAAUUCAACAUAUAAGUUCCACUUUGAUACAAUUUUUCUGCAA